UUUGUGAAAUGCCCCCUCUGGCAAGGCCUAAGCAGCAGAACUUUGGGAGCCCAGGUUUUUGGUCAAAGGGAGAUUCACCGGGGCUGCAGAAUGGGAUAUCUCAAGGUUUGUCCAUAUCUUGGUCAGAGCCGGCGACUGAGGGGACUGGUGCUGGAUCCUGGAACAGACUGGAGCGGUGUUAGACAGGCAAUCCCAAAUGCUAUACAAGUUGACUGCGUCUCCUAGCAACCUUCUUUAGGAAUCUUGCCGGUAUUUGAUUGGAAAACAGGACAGAAAGGCCUGCAAUUGAUGAGUUUGCCUUGGGAGGACGAGAAAGGUGAAGUCAGACGUUAGCAUGGGGCAGAAGGUCACUGGGGGAAUAAAGACUGUGGACAUGAGGGACCCUACGUACAGGCCCCUGAAACAAGAGCUCCAGGGCCUGGAUUACUGUAAGCCCACGCGGCUGGACUUGCUGCUGGACAUGCCCCCCGUGUCCUACGACGUCCAGCUGCUCCACUCCUGGAAUAAUGACGACCGCUCGCUCAAUGUGUUUGUGAAGGAAGACGACAAACUUAUCUUUCACCGGCAUCCGGUGGCCCAGAGCACAGACGCCAUCAGGGGGAAAGUGGGGUACACGCGCGGGCUGCACGUGUGGCAGAUCACGUGGGCCAUGCGCCAGCGCGGCACUCACGCGGUCGUGGGGGUGGCCACGGCAGAUGCCCCCUUGCACUCGGUCGGGUACACAACCCUGGUGGGUAACAACCAUGAGUCCUGGGGCUGGGACCUGGGGCGGAACAGACUCUACCACGAUGGGAAGAACCAGCCAAGUAAAACCUACCCUGCCUUCCUAGAACCGGACGAGACUUUCAUAGUGCCAGAUUCUUUCCUGGUGGCCCUAGAUAUGGACGAUGGGACGCUGAGCUUCAUUGUCGAUGGGCAGUACAUGGGAGUGGCCUUUCGGGGACUCAAGGGCAAAAAACUUUACCCAGUAGUAAGUGCUGUCUGGGGCCACUGUGAAAUACGAAUGCGUUACUUGAAUGGACUUGAUCCUGAACCACUGCCUCUGAUGGACCUCUGCCGCCGGUCCGUCCGCCUCGCCCUAGGGAAGGAACGCCUGAGUGAGAUCCAUGCCCUACCCCUGCCAGCAUCCCUUAAGGGCUAUCUUCUCUACCAGUGAUGCACCAGCUCAAGACCCACCACCAUCUGGAAGCGGAAUCAGGAAAUCCAACUAAGCGAACCCACUGAGCCGCCACUGGGGACCACAGCCCCUCUCUCCCCCGCCUCUGCCCUACCCAGCUACCCUCUUCCUUCAUCUGGCUGUUCCAACCUCACGAGCCAAGAUUUUCUCAUCCUUUCUCGCACCCCAAUCUUCUGCCAGAUAAAGACAGACCCUAAAAACAGGCUCAUCUAGUCUUUAUCCUUGGAAAUGGCCUCUUGGAGUGUGGACAGACGAGUUUCCUUUGUGUUUUUGGAUUUUAUUUUCUCCUCUUAAGAGAGACUUUAUUUCUACAGAAGUAAUAAGGUGUGUCCUGGUCAGCUCCAAGGAUGGAAGUUCGGAGCCCACGGCUUCUGCCCAAACGGGUCAAGAUGUCUCCAGAGGAUUCCAGGGCCCGAUGAUGACCAGUAGGGAGAGAGUGGCCAUACUGACAAUAAGGAGGCCAGGAAGCAUCGAGGGUGCUUGGAAACUGACCGAUGACUUCCUUUGGGUGGCAAGCACGGGACUUCGCGGGUCACUCCUGUGCAGAAAAUGCCGCCGUUCAUAAAGCUGACGAUGCCAAAAAAACUCAUUCUGGACACUUAAAAAAAAAGAAAAGAAAAGAAAAUGGGACCCUGGAAAAAGGCCGGAAAGCAACUAGUGUCAUUCCCUAAGAUGUUGUCUCACCCUGUACUCUGUAUUUAUUCUUUCACCAACAAAACCCAAUUUAUUUAUUCCACAUAGAAAGAAAAUGUAUUCCUUUCUCUCCGAUGUGUGUCUUGUUGCUCUCCCAUACCACCCCACCCUCCACGUGCUGUGUCACCUGCCGUUGGCCAAGUGAUGUAGGUAGAGCUAGCGGGGCUUCUUUGGUGGGUGGUUUUUGUUACCUUGGCUUGUAGCUCCAAGGGGAAGUUCGGGCCGGGCUAGAAGCUUGCCAGGACGGCCCUUUUCUCGGGCUACAGCUUUCAUGUGCAAUAGUGAAGCCUUCAGGGGUCUUCUGAAGCAGCCCUAACAGCCUGCCACCCUCUUUGUCCAUCGCCUCUUACUGGCUGGACAUCCUUGCCCAGGGUACGGUUGUGAUCGGUUUUUCUUCCUCAGGUCGCUCAGAUGUCUGAGCUAAGCUGCCGUUAUCAUCCUUCCCAGCUUUGGUAAUCUGAGAAAAAGCAUGUUUUCAGUACUUUGUCCAUUGGAAAGAGAGAGAGAUUGAGAGAGAGAAAAAAGAGAGAUGAGAGAGUGAGUGUGUCAGUCAAGUUCUUUACCAUCUCCCCCCAAGCCAGAAUUAGGUCUCUGGAAUAUUGGUCCUGCCUCAGAGAGCAGACCCAGCAUCUAGAUAAGUCCCCGGUUGCUGCUUCCUGGGCUAAGGAAAAAUGUGUCAAGAGCCCCCCUUUCCUGAUGAUUCCUCCAAGGUGCAGGCCUAGAUACGGCCCCCCCACCCCUUUAUUUUGCACAUUUUGUUAACUUUGAAAUCAGUUUUGGAAUCCAACUUUUGGUUCAGUUCUGUACAGGUACAAUAGAUGACUUUAUUUGUUUAAAAUGUUUAAUAUAUAUAUAUAUUUGUCUAUGUAAGAGAUGUUUUGAACAGCUGCUGUUGGAUACCUUUUUUUAAAAAAAAAAAAUCUACUUGGAGAGUAUAUUUUUCAAAGCAUAGAAUUGGUGCCAAGCCCGCAUGGGGAGUCGAAGUUGCCUCCCCCCAAACUGUUAUUGUUUGUUGCUGUUGUUAUUUUUUUAAGGAAGAGAAAAAUAUAACACACGUCCCUAGUCAAAGGAUAGGUCUUUUCCUCCUUUCUGUUACAGGGUGGGACACACACACACUCUUAUUGUUGCACAAGAGAGAAUUCACCUUGUAGAGUCCGCCACUCGAUUGCCUGGCCCCUGUGGUCUUCCACCAAUGCUGGAAAUGCAAUGUCACCGUCCCCCCCCCCCCAUUUCCUCCACUUCUCCUUUCGUUUCAGGUUCAGCCCCCUCCCCCUGUCUUGCCAUCCCAGUACAUAAUUGCUUUGUUUGGUUUUAAAACUCCUUUCUAUUUUAUGGCUGUAGAGAAUACUCAGUAACCUAAUAAAAAAAAAGUUUAUUAAAUUUGAA